CGCCUAUUUUUAUUAAUAACAGGUCUACAUAUACGGAAGUAUCCUGAUAUUUUUACCACGCCCAAAAGUGAAAAUGAUUCAGUUUAUGCUCCUGUUCAGUCGUCAAGGAAAACUCCGUCUCCAGAAAUGGUACAGUGCCUACCAGCAGAAAGAUAAAAAGAAGAUUUCUCGAGAACUGAUUUCCACCAUAUUGGGCCGCAGAUCGAAAAUGUGUAACAUUCUUGAGUAUCGUGAAUACAAGAUAGUCUACAAAAGGUAUGCUAGCCUGUAUUUCUGUGUUGCUGUUGAUCCUGAUGACAAUGAGCUGAUAACUCUUGAAGUUAUACACAGAUACGUCGAACUCUUAGACAAAUACUUUGGCAGUGUAUGUGAAUUGGAUAUUAUUUUUAACUUUGAGAAAGCGUAUUAUAUUCUCGAUGAGCUGUUGGUUGGAGGGACCAUUCAAGAAACUAGCAAAAAGAACAUCAUAAGAGCAGUGACAGCUCAGGACAUGCUUCAAGAAAAAGAGGGUCACAAGAACUUGCUUAUUGAGGCCGACCUUAUAUAGAAUGAAAAAUCCUUCCAAGUGUAUGACUGUGUGUGCAUAAUGAAUUUAAUAAUGUGAUUCAUGAGUUCUGUGUGUGUGUGUUUGUGUGGAAUUUUUUACUUCACUAAUCAUUUCUCCAGGUAUAACUUUUGUUUUAUGUAUGAAAGAAAUAAUA